UUAAACAAAAGGCUGAACAGUUAGAACUUGGAAGCAGGUUUUCCUCUCAUUUUUUUUCCCUCUUUCCCCCGCCGCUCGCCUAUUCCUUCUCCUCUACAGUCUCCACCGCCGCUCCUUCUCUUCUCUCCACCGCCGCUCCUCCUCUUCACGGUGGCCCUCUCUUUCUCUUAGAAGUCACCCACCCUUGCGGCCAUACCUUUAUUUAUUCGCCUCGUCUUCUUCUUCUUCAUCAGAAGUCACCCACCGCCGCUCCUCUCUUCUCUCCACCGCCGCUGCUUCUCAUUUCUUCGUCAGAUCGGCCUUCGUGAAGGCGUGUACUUCUCAUGUCUUUGUCAGAUCAGUCUUCAAAGGCUUGCAUUCGGCAGCCUUGUUUCAGGUCACGUAAAAGUUUGUAGCAUUCUGUUCUUCAUGAGAUAUUGCUCUCAUAGAUACACAACGCUAUGAGGAUUUUCGCGCUCGUUAGAUCAUUUCGUGGCGGUUCGACCCUGCUCUGGAAAGUAACAGGGCCUUUGCAGCAUCGUUCCUUUCAACAUGAUUUCAUUCCGAGGGAUCCAAAUGCCAAGCCAAAGAAGUACAAGUAUCCGGCAUUCUACAACCCAUACGGUCCAAGACCGUCACCCUCAGAGAAAAUCAUUCAGCUUGCUGAACAGAUUGUGGAAUUAACCCCCGAAGAACGCUGCCAAAUUGGUCCUGCUCUAGCACAGAAGCUAACCCUUCCUAAGCUGCAGCACAUAUCGACAGAAGGCCUGGACUUGGGUGCACAAGCAGGGCCGGCUGGUGGCGCCAAAGCUGAAGAGAAGAAAGCGGAGAAGACAGCGUUUGAUGUGAAGUUGGAGAAGUUUGAUGCAGCGGCGAAGAUUAAAGUGAUUAAGGAAGUCAGGGCUUUUACCAAUCUGGGAUUGAAGGAGGCUAAAGAUCUGGUUGAGAAAGUACCUGUUUUGCUUAAACAAGGAGUUACUAAAGAAGAGGCAGCAGAGAUCAUUGAGAAAAUAAAGGCUGCUGGAGGAGUUGCAACUAUGGAGUAGAGUCUCAGUUUCUUUGACGUUUAUUUUUCCAGCAUUAUGAUUUUGGAAAUUUCUUAUAUUCCAAAUCUGAAUUUUUGUAAUGCGGG